UUAUUGUCAUGUUACUGUCUCGUUUCGACGGGCGAGAUUGAGAUGAAAUCGCCGUCGGCGCGUUUCGUCCGUGUCCACCCGCUAUUAAUAUUCUAUAUCGGUUUGUACCGCAGCCGCGGCGGACGUUACCCGCGUAACUUUUUAUUUCCCGAUUUAUUUUGACAAUCGUUUUUAUUUUUCUAAAUUAAAAACAUUGACAUUCGGUACGAGGAUUUGUGUGCAAGUGAUUGAUUUUAUUAUAUUCUGUUGUGACCAAAAAUUGUUUAUUUAACUGAAGAUUGACAAGUGAGCAUGUGUUGUGCCCGUAUUUAUUAUUAUGCGAAUGGAUUGCUUUUGCUACCGGCGAUAUAGUUUGACACAAGAUGACCUGAACAAUUAAGAUAUCAACUAUGUCCGUAACUGGUUGCAAUUUCAACUGAAGCAGAAAUUGGCUGUAUGGAGGAACAGUUGAAAAGAACACGACAUUUCGUAAUCAACGAUGCGCAAGAUUAUAAUUUAUAAGUACAAAAUGACGUUGGUGAAGAUACACGGGAUCAGGUUGGAACUGACCUGACAGAAGAUUUUGUAAACGGUGAUAGAAGUAAUCUAGUGGUUGUGAUUGGACUUUCAAAGAGUGAUGAAGUGUUGACUGUUAGUGGUGAAGGACUAUGAUGUCGCAGUGCUAGGACUGUAAAUAAUGCCUGAUCGGGAGUCGGUGGGAGGUCCUGGGAGUGCAGGCAGUGGUUUCCUACCACUACAGUUCCCCUCGGCGUUUGCCGCAUUCCAUGCUUCGACCCCGCCCGGCACCCCUACUUCAGCAAUGCAUCACGCUACACAUUAUCAUCAUCAUGCCCAGUUGGCUGCUGCAGCGGCUGCGGCUGCCGGGGCCACCAGUGAGCUGAGCUACCUGGCUGCGCUCCAUCCAGCAUACCGACCAGUUACUUAUGACCAUCCCUUGUAUGGAGCUAAUACGUUAAGAGGUUUAGAGUACUUAAGUGCAGCUAGGAGUUUGCACCCAGAACUGCAUGCGGGUAGUACGCUCGCUAGCCAGGACUUCCAACUUAGUUUAGAAGGUUCAAGAAUAGCCUCACCAACAAGAUUAAGGCUCUCCGGAGGUGCCAUAGGUGCCUCAGUGAACAGAAAAAGGGCUGUCUCCUGGAGUCCAUAUUCUGCCGAGUCAUUGGACCUGGCAGCUGUGAUCAGGGCGUCUCCAGCAAGCCUGGCUGUGAGAGCACCGUCAGCAGCUUCUACUGGGAGCUAUGGACACCUUAGUGCCGGUGAGUUUGAAGAUCAUUGGCACUGUUUUGGAGCAAUAUCCCCCGCCCUCUCGCUUUCGCACGCGUCUCUUGCGCAGCAGUUGUUGGCUCGAGGGGGCGUGGUGGGGGGCAGUGGGGUGCUAGCGGGAGGGGUCUUGAUGGACCCGGCCCACCAGCAAGCAGCGGCAGCCGCGGCCCAUCAUGCGGCUCAUGCUCAUCUCGUAGCGGGGAUACAUAGAUCGCACAUAUCAUCACCGACGCAACUCCUGAUGGGUGCUCCAGUAGACGUGAGACCAGGGUUGACCUUGGAUGGAACACCACCUCAGCAUCUGCAGCAGUCUCCGCAGCAGCCUGAGGUCACUAGUGUCAUGGAGGCUGACAGUGCAUCAGGAAUGACGCAGCGCAAAUCCCCUCAGAUCCUGAUGGGUCAUAGAGACAACCAUCUCAGCAACAAGCCCUUAUCAGCAGCCGCUGAGAGCACGGUCCAUGAUGGACUGGAUUCCAAGGACGAGCCAGGAGAUUUUAUUGAAACCAACUGCCAUUGGGUGGAUUGCAAACUAGAGUUCCCAACUCAGGAUGACCUAGUGAAACAUAUCAACACAGACCACAUACACGCCAGUAAAAAGGCGUUUGUAUGCCGAUGGGUGGGCUGCUCCAGGGAUGAAAAGCCUUUCAAAGCUCAGUACAUGCUGGUUGUGCAUAUGCGAAGACAUACGGGAGAGAAACCUCAUAAGUGUACGUUCGAAGGCUGCUGCAAAGCUUACUCUCGUCUAGAGAACCUGAAGACACAUCUUCGAAGUCACACGGGAGAGAAACCAUACACCUGCGAGUACCCUGGAUGUGCGAAGGCAUUUUCAAAUGCCAGUGACAGAGCUAAACAUCAGAACCGAACGCAUAGCAAUGAGAAACCAUACGUCUGCAAAGCGCCAGGUUGCACCAAGAGGUACACGGACCCCUCAUCGUUACGGAAACAUGUGAAGACAGUGCAUGGAGCUGAAUUUUACGCCAGUAAGAAACAUAAAGGUUGCAGCCGCGGCGACGAUUCAGCAGAAUCAGGUGGUGGUGGAGCUGGUUCCUCCCCUCGUUCCGAAGAAGGUGGAGUGCCUGUUGGUAUCCGAGGACAUACGUCAUCAGCUUCUGUCAAGAGCGAGAGUCCAGCGUCACCUAUUCCGCAUGGAUUGCAUACUCCUGCUCAUCAGUUGUCUUGUUUCAUUCAUCAGCUAUCAGCGCAGUGUGGUGGAGAGCUGGACUUCGGAGGAUCAGCUCUUGGAGGAUUUGGUGAUGAAAAUGGAGCGCCUUACUUCAGAUUAGAUGGAGAGGUUGAACAAGAAGUAGUAGGAGAAGUAGGACAACUACCCCUGAUGCUUCGCGCCAUGGUGGCCAUCGGAGAGCCGCGCGCGCACCACCACGCGCCGCGCUUCGGAAACAAGAUGGCCGUCGCGAGGCUCAUGCCGCCUCCACACCCUGAUAUCGGUCCUGGAGUCCAAGGAAGAACAGAGCUUGGCAGCACCAGCGUAGCAGUGGAGCUGAAGACAGGAGUUCCUAACACCAGGCGGGAUUCCGGCAUCUCAUCAGGCAGCAGUCUGUAUAGUGCAAGAUCAUCAGACAUAUCCCGCAAGAGUAGUCAAGCAUCAGUGGUGUCUGGUGCCGUAGCGACUACCACGGGCAUCGCCGCGCCGCAGCGGAUAGUCUCGCAGCAUACCACCGUGUAUGAUCAGCUCUCGCCUGACAGUAGUAGAAGAUCUAGUCAAGUAUCGUGUGUGGGUUACGCGCCGGCGCCGUCGUCAGCGCUCGCCGCUGUGCAAGCCGUCAGAACCUCACAGGGCAAUCAGGCUGUACUCCUCCGAGGAGUGACCUGUUCAGAAGUCAGGGCUGAGGAGUUGGCGCUGGAGCUGGACCCCAACGUUCAGGUGAAGGAAGAGGCGAGGAGACUCUCCGAGCAGUCCAACUUGAGCGAUCAGGCUCAGUACCAGCAGUACCCUUGUGGGACUGAUGAUGUGGGCGAUGCUCCAUUCCCGUUCAAGACAGAAGAUGACCAGGAGACGGUGACGUACAAGGAGUCUCGCUCCAACUCCACCAACACCGUGGUCAUCACCACCGCACAGGUCCACCACCCCAACCAGGAGGUCAAUCUGGAACAGGUUGCCGAAGGAGAAAUGGUGGAGAACAAGCUGGUAAUACCAGAUGAAAUGAUGCAAUAUCUUAACCAAUCAAUAUUGGCAACGGAAUCGGUAAAACCAGCUAAGACUGACUCCACCAACCAACCUGAGCCGGAAACCUCUAAAGACAAGGAAAGUUCUACCAAAGACAAUGCAAAUAGUGACGUCCAAGACACGAACAAUUCCAGUGACAAAAUCAGUGACGUAGCCACCAGUGACGAUUCUCUACUUAAAAACUUAGGUGCCAUAGGAAGUGAUCUCAACAUAAGUGAUAUUCCAGUCGAUUUAAGAUCUUUAGACGUUAGUAUGUCGGGCAACAGCGGUUCUUUACUCAACUCCAAGUCGCCGGACGAUAAAGCUACUCCGCUACAGGAACAAGUCAUCCAAGAAGUUGUCACAGAGAAAUGUGAGAAAGAGUACACUAAACCGCCGUCAAGCAACGUGUCGACGAAUCCUUUGCAGUCGUUGCAGACAAUGACGGCGAAUCAAACGGAACAGACAAACAGAAUGCGACCAAAUCCUUUACCUCAGAAACAGAACACAAUGAGUCCUAAAACUGUAGUCAUGAGUCAAAAUGUCUUAAGUCCACAGAAUUUACCGCAUAGCAUGCUCAGUCCGCAGAGUCUUCCUCACAGUGCUAUGAGUCCUCAGAGUGUGAUGAGUCCUCAUAACGUGCCUCACAGUGUGAUGAGUCCUCCCAGCGUCUACAAUGUUAUGAGCCCUCAGAGUGUGAUGAGCGUCAUGUCUCCUCAACACAACGCGAUGAGUCCACAAAGCAUGCAAAGCUUAAUGAGUCCUCAAAUGCCUAACCAGAUGAUGAUGAGUCCAAGACACAACAACAUCGGAAGUCCAAUGUCCCAAAACAUGGCUAGUCCAAUGGUAAAUAUGGCUAGCCCAAUGGGUCAAAACAUCGCCAGUCCACAUAGCCAUGGUAUGCCAAGCCCGAUGCAUCCAGGCCUUCAAAGUCCUAUGGGACCAGGUAUGACUAGUCCCAUGGUUCAAAACAUGUCGAACAUGUCAAUGAAUGCACAGGUGCAGAAUCAAAAUCAAAUGAUGAAUAUGAAUAUGAACCAGGGUCCUCAAAUGGGAGUAAAUCCAAAUUACAUUAACAAUAGAAAUUGUAAUGCUAAAGUGCCGAAUAGAAACAACAUGAACCAGUAUCAUAAUCAGAGUUAUAACCAAGCUCCGCCUUACCCAGUGCAGAAUCAAAACGUGAUGAGGAGUCAAAACAUGCAGCAGUACCAAAUGAUGCAGCAAUAUAACCAGAGCCAGAUGCCCAUGCAUCAAAUGGGUAAUCAGAACAUGGUUUAUAACAACCAGAUGAACUAUCAACCCGUGAGUUAUCCGAACCAAAGCAAUCAGAUGCAUCCACUACAAAUGUCGAGAUCGUCAAUGAUGAGUGUAGACAACAGUGGGAAUAUGAGUCGAGGGACGAUGAACAAUUAUUGCGAGCAGCAGAACCAAUGCCCGCCAAUACAGAACCCUCAAUACACCCAGAAUAUGCAGUAUCCUCAGCCACCGCCAUACAACUCGGUUGUGAACGCUGCUAAUGUAAUGGGCCCACCUCCUCCCAAAAACAACCAUCAGUACAACCAAACGAUGUUAAACAACAACCAAUAUUACAACCACCAGAGGCCGUACAAUCAGUGGGACUACCCAGGAAACCAGUUCAACAAGCACAACAUGCAGAAGUCGGUUCAGAAUUCCCUAAACAUGUCCACUGGGAGUCAGAAGCCAAUAAACGGGGCGAGGGUGCCGAUAAACCAGAAUCAAAUGAAAGGUGAACAGCAAACGGACUGCAGUAUGAAUAGUUUGCGAAGUCAGAAUAAUCCUACGAGCGAAGUUCAAGUGUGGGAUAUCUCGCAAUCACAGAUCGAAGCUACCAAUGGAAGGAAGAAGAAUCCUAAUGGCAAUAAUACUAUGAGACAAGACACAUAUCAAAGAACAUUGGAGUACGUUGAGAGUUGUGAAAACUGGAAGAGUUCGGAGAUGGUGUCGAGUAGUACUCACCCACUGCAGGGAGGCGACAACAUGGUUGUGAAUGACCUGCAGACCUCGCUAUCUUCGUUUUAUGAAGAGAAUCAGUACCUCCAGAUGAUACAAUAGUCCAAUUAGAUUUUUUAGGUCCAGGGAACAUUUUAGGAGAUUGAACUUUAGUCAAUAUGGAGUCGUUUUACGAAACAUGAACACUAUUUUAGUUAAGUUUUUUAAUGGCAGUUAGUGUAUAUUAACUUUGAUUAAAAUAAGUAGUUUUAAGAUCUGUUAAAUGGUGCACAAGAAACUAAAGGUUGUAAAUGAACUUUUCUCAUGCAGAGACUGACUAAUGUUAUUAUAAAUUUUAAGGUCUGAUUCGUUUUUGGCAAGUUUUUUACAGUAUCAAAGUAUGGAGGAAGUGAUUUUCUGGUAGAUUUAAUAUAGGCUUAUUGAUCAAAGUACACACAAGAAGUCUGUAAUUUACUAUAACACUAUUAUUGACUAUUAUUUUGUUAAUCACAUAACGCAUUUUUUUAAUCUUUUUAAAAGUCGUAAAUACCUCAAAAGUAACUUUUGAUAAAUGGUUGAUAAGUCUAGGGAUUAAAAACGAUAAGACAUUUUUAUAUAAAAAGUACACUAGAUCUAAAAAUACAUUUGUUAAAAAGACAACGUUUUUGCAAGAUUGUACAUAAUCUGUUUUACAAAGUCUUCCAAAUAGAUUCUAGAACAAUAAUUUAAUGUUUCAAUGCAUUUACAUAUACUUGUUUAUGUAAAUUUUAAUUAUAAGUGCCUUUCAAAUGUACAUAAGCUACAUUGUACAUACAUUUACAAGGUAAUAAGUGCCUUAUGAGGAAUUAAUUAGAACUAUUAUUGUUAAUAAUGAUUAAUCUUUAAAAUUAAUUAUACAUUGAGAUCUGUAGUUUGUACGGCUUGGUGUAUGACCCAAUAGUUUAUAAUUUUAAUUUUUAGGGUACAUUCUGGCUUUAAGAGUAACUGUUAAUAAUGUUCAUAUUAACUGUUAACUUUCAUUAAAUGUUUUUUGAUAGAAAUAAGCAGUGAAAAAGACAGUCACACAUUUCGUGUUUUUUUUGUUAACGGCGACUUUUUUGCGUUAAAUGACAAGUCAUACCCAAGCCUUAAAGAUCUCCAAACAACGAGUGAUCUAUGAGAUUAUUAAGUAGAAUUAAAUAAUUAUAAAAAAAACUUUGUACAAAAUAAUCGCCUUUUCUAGAAUUUUUACAUAGUUGUUGAAUCUUUAAUGUAAUUAAGUAAGUAACAAUUAAAUGUAAUUUAGUUUAUAUUUUUAAUUUACUUAAAGCAAUAUGAAUAUGAAUCAUUGUUUUAAUGACAUUGAGUCUCCUACUAUAAUGAGAUUACUAGUUAAUAGGUACUUGUUAAUGAUUAUUUAACGCACAAGAUGUAUGUAGGAAGAACUGUGUAUGUCUAAUAAAUUAUUUGUUUUUAUGUUUGUUCAUGAACAAACUGUACAUCUGUGACGAUAUUUUAAUGAAACUAUUAAAUAAAAUUUUCUUAUUAUGAAAGUA